GCCAGUUACAUAUACAUCCCAAGUAGUGACGGGCGUGUAUGAUGUCAGAUACAUUGUUAGUAACUGUAAGGGUGCGGUUAAAUAUUAUACACCUACCAUAGGACCUUAUCCACUUCUCCGUCUCUGCAUUCAUCUCAUUUCCUCUUUCAAUAGGACUGGACAUACAGAGUACUCAGAUAUAUAAAAUGUGAUUGCCUUUGGUUGCUAUAGUCUGCAGGUGCAAGAACCGCCAUCCACGCUUCAUGAUAACCAGGAAGAGGAAAACCCAGGACAGCCUCAACACAAUGAAAAUGCUUUCUCCGUGGGUGCAGGCUGCUUUCUUCAUUCUCUCUUUUUUUAAAUGCUUUAGGGCUGUUGAAAUUCCACAUUCAGUGGAACAAUUGCCAACAAUUAUUGAAGUCACCAAAGGAGUCCAAGUUGCUUUCCCAGUAGGUGAAGAUUUUGCCAUCAAGUGUAAAGCCAAGGGAAAUCCUAAGCCACAAUACCAUUGGACUAGAAAUGGGCACCCGUAUAGUCCAAUUACUGACCCGAAUGUAAAGACCGAAAAAGAUUCUGGCACCUUUAUAAUCCACCAUAAUGGGAACAUUUUACAGUACAAUGGGACAUAUCGCUGUUAUGCCUUAAACAAACUAGGAACAGCCAUUUCAGAGGAGACUAUGUUUAUUAUUCCAGGAGAUCCUAAAUUUCCCAAAGAAGAAAUCCCACCACUGGAGUUAGAAGAAGGGGACCCUGCUGUUUUAAGUUGUGAACCACCUGCUGGCAUUCCACCAGUUUCUAUCCACUGGAUGACACCUGAUCUUCGUCACAUCACUCAGAGCAACCGCGUGUCAGUUGGACUUGAUGGGAAACUGUAUUUUUCACAUGUAACUCAAGCAGAUAGCUUAACAAAUUAUUCCUGCCUUGCCGCUUUCUCAAGGAUCAGGCAUAUGUCACAGAGGACACCCAUUAGCCUCAAAAUCCUUAACAAUGGCAUAUUAAAAUAUCGAAUUCCAAAAAUAUUAACAACUCAAGGAGGAGCAAACAACCCUAUUGUUGUGCUGAAAGGCGAAGUAUUGCUGCUGGAGUGCAUUGCGGAAGGAUUACCAACACCUACUAUCCACUGGAGAAAAGAUGGAGAAGAUGCUCUAAAGUAUCGUGCAGUAACAGAAAGUUUUGGGAAAAUUCUUAAAAUUAAGGAGGCUACUAAAGCAGAUCAAGGGACAUAUCACUGUGAUGCCGAAAAUCAAAUGGGCUCUACCCAUCGCAGUUUUCAUGUUCAUGUAGAAGAGCCUCCCAGAUGGGAGAAACAGCUGGAAAGCUCUAUACAGACAGUUGGUUCUGAAAUUAUUCUAAACUGUUCAGCUUUUGGGACACCAGAGCCAGAAAUCCUGUGGCGAAGAAACGGAAUUCUUCUGGAUGAUGGGACCCUUCCUGAUAACCAUCAAAGGAUGGGGGGUCUGAUGUUCAUUCAUUCCCUUCAAGUGUCAGACAGUGCUGUGUACCAGUGUGAAGCAUUAAACAAACAUGGAACUAUACUUUCCACUGCAAAUAUUGAUGUUCUGGACAUUGUGCCAUUGAUUUUAACUCCUGAGGGAAAAACAUAUGCAGCAGUGUGGGGAAAUAAUGUCCUAUUACUGUGUGAACAUUUUGCAUUUCCGCAUUCUGAGGUUACCUGGUACCACGGGAAAAGAAUAGUGCAUCCUGUAAGUGGACGUUACACAAUAGAUGAACAUGGAACCCUUCAUAUUCAGCAAGCAGAAGCACAAGAUGCUGGCUCAUAUAUUUGUGAAGUGUCAAACUCAAAAGGAAAUGCUUCAAUCAUGGCCAAUGUGGUACUUCGAGAACCUACAAGAGGAUAUGUGUCUCCUGAGCAUCCAUGGGUUAAGAGAGGGCAUAGUACAACCCUGACCUGUCAUAUUCAUUGUGAUCCUCACCUGCUUCCUUCUCGGACAAUUAAAUGGCAGAAGGACGGACAUGAAUUAAGAGAGGACAACAAAAGAAUACAUGUGAAAUCAAACAUUCUGACAAUCUACAAUGUAAGCUGGGAUGAUGCAGGAAGCUAUUAUUGCAUAGUCAGCACCUUGCUGGACGCCAUGACAGCAGAAGCCCAUGUGACUGUGAGGGAUGUUCCAAUGCCCCCUGAGGAGCUGCAUCUUUUGGAAAAACAUGACCGUAGUGUUUUGUUGUCGUGGAGAGCUGGUGACAGUCACAACAGCCCCAUCACAGAGUUCAUCAUUCAAUCAGUGAAGAGUACUGAAGAGCCAAGACAAUGGGAUGAUGAAACCACUGUCCCCGGAAAUGUCACCGCAGUGCAAUUGUAUCUCAGUCCUUAUAAUAACUACCAGUUUCGUGUGCUUGCUGUAAAUGGAAUCGGAAAAAGCCCUCCAAGUGUUGCAUCUGAGAUUUAUAGCACACCGCCAGCAGCCCCUGACAAGAAUCCGGAUGUAGUAUACUUUAACGCCAACAGCCCUGAUGAAAUGACUGUGAGGUGGGAGCCUCUAAAUUCUGAUGAACAUAACGGACCUGGAAUGGAGUACCAAGUCAGUUGGCGUCUGAAGGGAGUGGAGACAGAAUGGCAUCAAAGAAAAGUGAAACAUUCCCAAUUCAAUAUAAAGAACACACCAGCAUUUGUCCCAUAUCAGAUAUGCAUCCAAGCUGUCAAUCAUAUUGGAAGUGGCCCUGAACCUGAAAUUCAUACUGUGUAUUCAGGAGAGGACAAUCCUGAUGAAGCUCCGUUUAAUGUGUCAGUGAGCAUGGUAAAUCAGUCUAUAGUGAACGUGACCUGGAUGGAAAUCUCUCAGGACAGAGUACGAGGACAUCUGGCAGGUUAUAAGAUCAUUUACUGGAGAGUGAAAAGUCUCCAGGAUGGAAAAACCCACAAUGGCCAGCGCCACGUUCUAUCAUUUCCUGGCAGGAGAAACUGGGCUAUAGUUCCGAAACUUCACCCAUUCAGUCAAUAUCAGCUGUGUGUAGCAGCCUAUAAUACAAAGGGAGAUGGCCCUGAGAGUUCCACAGUAACAUUUCAAACACCAGAAGGAGUUCCUGAACAGCCACAAUUUCUACAAAUUGUAAGUUCUGACCGGGAAUCUUUCAUGCUGACCUGGGAAGCACCGAAAAGAACAAAUGGCAUCCUGACCAACUAUGUCUUGUACUACCAGAUGAUUAAUGAAAGCAAUAGACUCGGAAACUUAAGUAAUAUCACCAUAUCUAAUCCAAAUGCUCUCAGCCAAAAAGUUCCUCGUCUUGAGGUUGGCACAAGAUACAAGUUCUACCUGAAGGCAUGUACACAAGUGGGCUGUGGAAACCCUGCAAGUGAGGAAGGACUGACACUAACACAAGCAAGAUUCUCUAGCAUUCCUUUUUUCCCAUCUCGCACUCCUGCUUUUGCUGCCAAAGUUCCCGCUAUAGCUUACGCUAAUGCACCUCACAGCCUGUCUUCACAAGGAUGGUUCAUCGGACUGAUGUGUGCUGUGGCUCUCCUAACUCUCUUAAUGCUUGUUGCUUGUUUUGUGAAGAGAAACAGGGGAGGAAAAUAUGCAGUAAAAGAAAAAGAAGAAUUGCACCCAGAAGUUGAAGUACAGUCUAUGAAAGAACAAUUUUUUGAUGACUACAGCACAUUCUCCCAAAAAGAUUUUGUCCUCAGUGAUAAGAAAGCAUUGAAUGGAAGUAUGGAUUCACUAAGCCUAGACACUAAAACCUUAGACAGUGUGGACAGCCUUGUUCAGUACAGUGAUGGUGAACACAGUAACUUCAACGAGGAUGGUUCCUUCAUUGGGGCAUAUAGAGAAUCCAAGGACAAAGGUCAAGAUGACGAAAAUUCAUCAGUUCAGCAUCUCCACUCCUAAUUAAGACACAAUAUUCAAAGAAAAUUUAACUUCUGUCCUACAUUACAUCACGUUGUUAAAAGCAAACUCAGAAGAAAGUUUACACUAGAGAAACUUGGAUAUCCUGUCACCUGGCCUUUUGUGACCACUCAACAUCAUCAUUUAAAAGAAACCUUUGCUGAGAAAAGUACAAAGCUGCCAUGAUUGACCUUAUUCUGAAAAAAAAUAGUUGUCUGUCUGUCUCUGGAUUAGUACGUUCUGAGUUACUGACCAGGAACAUGUACGUAGAUAGUGAAGUCAAAACUCCUAAAAUCCAUACUUAGUCUACGACGUAGAUCGGAAACUUUUGAAACAAUCAGUUUUGUAUGACCGCCAGCUUACUAGAAUUCUAAUGAGAGAUCAGAAGUGGCAGCCUAUGCAUUUCUACCAGUACAGGUUUCCAUUCGUUUUUACAUUUGAAAGACUGGAUCAUCAACAACCAUCUCUUCAUUCUUACCAGAAUGCCAUAAAUUAAUUGUGACUGCCAAACAUGAUCACUUAUUGCUGGAUAUAAAAAUUGGUGUACAUAUAUAGUCUGAUUCAAAUUUUUAUAGACUAAAGACAAGUACACGGACAAUAGGCAUCAGCAGUGAGCCGCAAUGCAUGAAGGAACAUCUCACUUUUUUAGGCAGAUACAUGUUACACUUUCUCAUACAUAUUUCCAAAUAUGACUGUUUUAAAAAAAAAAUCCAACUGUUCAGUGAUUGCAAAUGCAUGGUAUUGUUUUCGCACAUAUGCAACCAAAAUUCUGAUCAAAGGGGAUAUCAUUCAGAAUACCACGGAAAAGAGGCAGAACUCAUUUUAUAGGAUCAAGCUUGAAUGUAUGUGGUAUUCUCCUAUGAUCACUUUCGAUGUGUCUAUUUUUCUUUUAUUGUGUGUGAAGUGUUAGAUCCAUUUUUUUUUCAAUCAUUUUGAAAAAUGGCAAACAAAUAUGGCAGGUGUGUGGUAAUUUUGUAAAAUUAAGAAAUUAUCAAAGUAAAAAAAAAAGACUGCGAAAAUUAUGAUAACAUGAGAUACGAACGCAUAAGGCAAACCAACAUUGUGCAUUCUGAUUACCAAGGUGUGUCCAAUUUUGGUAUAGGGUAACAAAAUCCAUAAACAAAGCACAGCAAAAGUACAAGAAUCACUAAUAGUAUCUCUAACAAAAGCACAGACAUUUAAACUAAGUACAAAUAGAAAGUGUUGACCAAAGGACCUUGGAGGUUAGUAUUUUUUUUUUUUUUUUACAAAGCUUUGACACCUCUUACUAGUUUUAGGUCUGCAUAGCCAGGAUCUCAGCACUCUUUCACUUUUCUAUGUACAAUUAGACAGACAGGUGAACAAAUCUAUCUAUCAUUCAUCUAUGAGUAUAUUGUUAAACAGCAUGACCUAGGCCAAGGGUUGACAGGAAAACACUGUUUAUUUUGAUGUCAUGAGAUUAUAAAUUUCAC